AGCUAUAAUAGCUAGCUAGCUAUAAUAAGAAAAAGUUAUCAUUCUGAAUUGUUUUCAGUUUUAAAGCUUACCUCUUGUGUCAAAAAAGAGUUUAUCUAAUCGAUUUAAUAUUUGUUUGGAUUUAACAAUUAUAUAUAUAUAUAUAGUUAGUUAGCUAGCUCGCUAUAGCUAAGCUUUCUUUUAGUAAAUGUUCUACUUAUAGAUGAGUUGGAAAUGAUUUAAAAGUGCACACAUCCUGACAGGCAAUAAAGAAAGAUUGAAAAUUCAAUAAAAUUGUUUAUAUUAACUAUUUUUUACUCUGUUUAACAACAGACUUUACCUAGCGAUCCUGAAAGUAUAAAAUUAAAAGAAAAAAUUUGUGCCUUCUUAAGCUCAGAAAGUUUUUAAGGGCUGGCUCAGACCACAUUUCAAACUCAUUCAAGGUCAUUUCAUCUUAACAAAAAUCUUUUUCACUGAUAACAAACAUUUUUGGCCACGUUUUUACCUUGAGUUUUGGCAGACAUGUUUUAUUUACUUCAGUUUUUGCUGGUUUAGGCUAUCGUAUUUUACGGAAUCAAUAAGAGCUCACUUGCUUGAGUUAAACUUGGCCUAGUUUAUUCAACAAAAUAGUUAUGGGUACACACACAAAAAAAUGCUAGGAACAAGAGGCCUUUUCUAAGUUUUUUAAGUGUACAUACACUGGCAUAGCUUGCAUUUUCAUUUUUUUUUUACAUUUUUUAAUUCCAAAACUUUGUGCCAAUUUUUUUGCACAUCAACCACGCGCAUAUAUUUUUAACCACUGUAAGCCUGUGUAUUAGGCUAAUUUUUGUAUGUGAUGUUGUGGAGUAUGUCAAGAAAACAAAACUCCCUAGAAAUAUUGCAAUUCAACUGCAUGCUUCUGACUAAAAUAUGCUUGUGUGUUGUUCUUUUGUUCUGGAAAACUCUAUGCUUUUUGCUAGCUUUGUAAACUUUAUCGAACACCAAUCGUUUAUGCUGUUCAGAAGUCUUCUAGUUGGCUUAUACCAAAGUUAUGCUCUUUCUCAGUUCUAAUAAAAAAAAUUUAUCAAUGUCUUUCUAAAUAAUCAACUAUGGGUCAGAAGUAUCAAAUCAUGACUUAUUACGUAUCAAUUUGAGGUUUAUUUAAUUGAUAGGGUCAUAAAAAAUCCUGUUUUCGCCUAGUAGCACUGCUCCAAACCUGCACUAAAUACUAUGUCACUUGGUAUGAACCUGUACUCUGCACAUCAAUAUUGUGAACAGCUUUGGCAGCUUAUUUUCAAGACUUCAGCAAUCUUAUAUUGAAGUUUCAAAUUUUAAGCAAAAUAAACAUUUUUUAUUAAUCAGCACAAUAAUUUGAAUUUAUUUAGAUAAACGUUUUCUGUCACAUAAAUUAAAGCUUUAAUUUGUCUAUUUUUUUUCAAUUAGCAACAUGAACUUAAAAAACGUGUUAAAAUUGUUGGCUGUUUUCUCAUGCCUAAGAGACAGUAGAGCUAAACAUGGCUCCCAGUCACAUGUAUACCAGCUUGAAGAUAACAACCCAACACUGCGUCUGCGCAGAGAUGUACUGAAUGAUACUAACAAGAUUGAGACAAACGUGACACAGGAUAACCACAGAUACUAUAAUUCUACAUUUUACAGAGAUGGACGUCAAUUUUUUAUUGACUUGACACAGCCAGUAAGCAAAGACAUUGUGGUGAUUAUUCAUGAGAAAUCAUCAGCAUCUUAUCGCAAAGCAUAUCAAGUGGAUUUAGGGUUUGAUUUUCCAUUUUAUGGUAAUGUAAUAAAUUAUAUAAGAGUAACAACUGGUGGCUUUAUUAAUAUUGGACCAAGGUUUCAUUCAUAUAUACAUCUAGUUCAUUAUAUUGCUCCAUUAAUGGCGGAUUUUAAUCCUUCACUGAGUAAUAACACUUCAAUAUACAUCGGGAAAUCAGAUUCGAUGCUUAUUGUACAAUGGAACAACAUAAUGCUCAAUGGAUCAAGCAACAAAACCGAAUCAUUUACAUUUCAAGUGAUUUUAAAUAAAAAUGGAACAGUGAUAAUGGCAUAUAAAGAUAUACCUGUCCCACUUUUAAAGAUCAGAAACACAACACAUAAUGUUACAGUUGGUUUUUCUGAUGGUUUUAUUCUAACAUACAGCAGGAGAGACAGAAAAGGACGAUUAAUUGUGCAUAAUUUUAUUUACUCGUACCACAAAGUUAAUUUUCCGUUAAAAACUAUAAUAUCUGGAUCUGCAUAUAAGCUAGUUUUGUUGCCAAACUGUAUUCAAGCAAAGAGUUGUACUGCUUGCCUCAACUCUUCAAUGAGUCCUUUCACUUGUCAGUGGUGUUCAAAAAUAAACUUAUGUUCAGAUACUCUUGACUGGCAUCGAAGUAAAUGGUUAUCAAAUAAGUGCCAAUAUCCAGGUAAUUCGUUCAGUGAAGUUGAUCAAUGUGUUGGUACCACUGUACGACCUACCACAACAAAAUCACAUACCUCAACAGCUAUAAUAGGUGUUGUUGUUGGAGUUGCAUUGUUUCUACUCUUUCUCUUUGUUGUGUACUUGUUUUAUUAUUCGUAUACACAUCCACAAUCUAAAGCUGGAAUGUGGUUAAUUGAACACCACCCCAGAAGGAUGUUUAAAAAGACUUUUGACCCAGUGUCCAGAGAGGAUCUUCUUUGAACAUCUUUAUAAAAAAAAGGUUAGAGAAUCGCUUUGGUGGAGUUUUUGUUGAAUUUUUUAAUUCAUUGAAGUAUUAUUUACAAAGAAUUAAAGCAGUUUAAAAUAGGAGUAAUUGUUUUUCUUAUUUAAUGCACUCAAAAACAGCCCUGAAACUUCAUUUUUUCAUCAAGUAUGUUGAUUUCUAUAAAUAGUGCGAGCACAACCAAAUAAAAGUGGAAAUCUGUUUGUUAUUGUGGGUUUUUUAGUGAUAUCUUAAAGGCAGAUGUUUUUAUGUUCUUAUUUAAAAGUGAAAGAUAUUUCUUUAAAUUAUUAUAAUUACGUAUAUUGUUACAUUUUAUUUAUUUGUUUUGAUGUAAAGUGUUGGAAACAAGAUUGUUAAAUAAUUCCGAAUGUUAAUUGAGGUAAUUUGAGUUGAGGUAGCUUUGAGGUAAACAUUCUAAUUUGGUAAAGAAAGAAAUUUCCAAAGGUUAAUUUUUCACAGAGCAAUUUUCUUCAGAAAAUUUACUUUUUAAAAUAAAUGUUAUUGUAGCUAAUUUUGUUGCCUUUUUAUGUAAUUUAAAAAAUUGUAUAUAAGUAGAAAUAAAUGUAUAUUACUUCAGAAUUUUCAUCUUGUAAAUUCUCAUUUUUAUAUCCGCCCAAAUAUAAACUGUAUAGAUAAUAAAAAUGUUUUUGUUUAAAAUCUGUUUUAAGAUAGUAAAAGUUCUAAGUAAUAAAGAUUUUCAACAAAGAAAACUUUUGUGAACG